ACGCCAUAUUGUUGUCAUAUACAUUUACAUCACACCACAGUUCAGUGCAAGUACAUAGUAUAGGCGUUUUGUAUAAAAUUUUGUUCAUUUGCACUUAAAAUUAAAUUACAAAUUAUUCUAAAUUAUUUAUCUAUUCAUUAAGUGUAACAGACAAAUUAUAACAAUAUUAAAUCAUUUGAAACGCAGAAAUGUCUUUUGUUAAAUUAAUGAUCGAGGAGUUUCAAAAUUGAGGUUUUACUUGUCAUGCAGUUGAGGAACAAACACGAAGAAUCAAGCAAGGAUGUGGAACACUACACACCACACGCAGACGCAGAGCACCGUGCAGUCGGCGAGCAUUGGGCUGAAGGGGGGUGUAGCGGUGGGGGAUGGAGGGCGAACCACCCUGGGCAUGACGUCAGCGAUUAGUACGGCCGGGCCGAAACCGAUUGACAUCCAGCGCACCACCGAACUGCAGGAGGCACUCAAGCCUUACAAUGUCUCCGAGUCUGAGGAGGAGCUCAAUCAUAGAAUGGAGAUCCUGAGCAAGCUGAACUGCCUGGUGAAGGAGUGGAUCAAGGAGGUGAGCAUCUCGCGCAACAUGCCGGAGAACGUGGCCGAGCAGGUGGGAGGCAAGAUCUACACGUUCGGCUCCUACCGGCUGGGCGUCCACCACAAGGGCGCCGACAUUGACGCCCUCUGCGUCGCCCCCCGCCACAUCAACCGCGCCGACUACUUCACCACAUUCUUCGACAAACUCAAACAACAUCCGGAGGUCACCGAUCUCAGGGCGGUGGAAGAAGCUUUUGUACCUGUUAUCAAAAUGAACUUCGAUGGAAUUGAAAUUGAUAUGUUGUUUGCGAGAUUAGCUCUAAAAGAAAUACCAGACUCUAUGGAUUUGAAAGAUGAUAUGUUGUUGAAGAACUUGGAUCCGAAAUGUGUGCGAAGUUUGAACGGUUGCCGAGUGACUGAUGAGAUUCUCCGAUUAGUUCCUAAUAUUGAAAACUUUCGUUUGGCAUUAAGAACCAAACUGUGGGCGAAAAAGCACGGUAUCUACAGCAACGUGCUGGGCUACCUGGGUGGCGUAUCGUGGGCGAUGCUGGUGGCGCGCACCUGCCAGCUGUACCCAAACGCAGUGGCUGCCACCCUGGUGCACAAGUUCUUCCUGGUGUUCUACCAGUGGAAGUGGCCGCAGCCCGUGCUCCUCAAGCAGCCCGAGAACGUCAACCUUGGUUUCGCCGUGUGGGACCCGCGCGUCACCAUUUCGGACCGCUUCCAUCUGAUGCCGAUCAUCACGCCCGCCUAUCCGCAGCAGAACAGCACCUUCAAUGUGUCGGUGUCGACCCGCACCAUUAUGGUGGAGGCGUUCAAGCAGGGCCUCAGUGUCACCGAUGACAUAGUCACCGGACGGUGUCCCUGGGCCAAACUGUUUGAGGCGCCCAAUUUCUUCAUCAAGUACAGGUGAGAGAACUGUCAGCGA